AUCGCUGCAACGUUCAGAAGCAUCGUAUCGCUUACUUUACUUUUGUUCUCUCGCUUAAUCUCGGUCGUGAUCACGGGAUAUCUUCUCGCUGAUAGUUUAAUCGCGCCUUCUGUUACGUGUGGUUGCUCGAAGUACAAGAUGGCAAGUGAUCAUAAAGAACCACAUUUCUCAGGUGAAAAUUCAAUGCAUGCCAUAGAUGAUAUCCUGUUCGUCACAAUCCGACACAAUGAACAAGCUGUGAUGUGGGUGAAUCAUUUGAAGACGUGCUUUGACAAAAUAACAAAACAACGAGGCCGGUUACCUUUCAAUUUCUUACACGUAAAAAUUGACGAAGAUCAAGUAACACAACAAUUAUCUCAUCGAUGCCAGUCAACGAAGUUGCAGAUUGUAAUUGUUUGCCCAGCAUUUCUCUCGCUGUCGUCUCAGUUUUUACACUCCAAUUUGGGACUGCUACUGAAACCGGAGCGAGUCUUAGGCAUGCUUUUGGACGUAACAGAAGCACGUGUGUGGGAAAUUCACAAGGGCACAUUCCCAUCGUAUAACAAAUGGCGUACGUGUGCCGUGGGCGAUCACGAACAAUCAUUCGUUAGUGAACUACUCGGUAUCGCUACGGACAUUCUUGGACGCGCACUGCGUCAGCAACCGCUCUGUUCAGAAGCGACCAUUGUACUUUCAUCGCCAAAACCGUCGACGGCAGCUCAUUCUGCUGGUCAUCAAGAGGCAUUUACUUUGUUUCCAAGAAAGGUGAAAGUUGGUCAGAGUAAAAUUAUUGCUAUUCUCGUUGAGCCGCUGGUAAAGGACGAUUGGAUUAAGAUCAAAAUUGAAAAGGCUAAUGAGAUAAUCGAAAUAACCAACAUCAAGAGAAGGAAUCCAUAUACCAUACAGUUCAAUAUACCCGAGUCAUGCAUGGAAAUUUCAAUGAUGAUUGGCAUUCGACUGGAAAGGAACAACGUUGAUCUUGGUAGUCGGCCUCUCAAAUGUGAGAGUCGUUUACGUGAGCUCGAACAGAUAUUGAAAGCACAUGACGCACCGAUGGAGUUUCUCUGUCAGUCGAUUGGCAUCGCCAUUUCGGAUCGGGAUAAGUUGGACACAUACCUGUUGCAAUCUUUUCAACGGAAUAUACCGCCCAACUUUCAUCUACUGAAUUCCGUUGACACUGUUGAUCACCCGAAGUCACACCGAGAAGCAAAUCCAGAAGAAUAUCCGACUCUACUACACUUUGCCGCCUAUUGGGGACUCGAGAGAUUAUGCCUUCAACUGAUGGACUGUCCUGGAGGAGAUGUUGCCUGUGAAAUGAGGAACAUUUCUGGCCGUACUCCUUCUGACCUGGCGGAGAUAGGAGGUCAUUUCAAACUGGCAAACAGUUUCAAGAAUUUUUCGCAAAUGCAUGAGUUCACUACCAUGUACCAUUAUUUCAAAGGAAUCAGUGAAGCCUCCCCCCAUAAGGUAGUCAUUGAGCCCAAAUCAUCGGCGUCUGUGUCAGGGCAUAAUACAAAAGAGAGGUCACCGAUGAUGGUCAAAUCAUCACCGCAUGCGGGUAGAGUACCGCGUCAUCACCAAAGCGAAGGUUACAUGGAAAUGAAUGGCAGUGGCAGUGAUAUUGAAUCUAGUCAGUGCGAAACCAUGAAUUCGGUUUCGAAUUUGAAUUAUUUGAAUGUAGAUGCCUUGGCAUGUGGCCAUGAUGAAGUGGACUUUGAAAUCGAUUCACAAAAACAGGCAGAGAAGGAUAAGGAGAUAUUGAAUAAUCUUAACAGCCAUGACGAAAGUGUCGAGCGGGAGCAUGGUAUACUGUUCAACGAGCUGCGAAUAACGGAGCCCGAAUACUUUGAAUCCAGUGAUGUCAACAAAAGUGACGCUUUUAGCCAAGAGUGUUCCAAUUUGUUGGAAAAUUGUAAUGUAUUUUGCAAUAAUGACUUUGAUUAUAUGACACAUCCUUCUAAUCUGCCAGUGAAAAUCGCUGAAUCUGAAAGCGAUUAUCUGGUUCAACCAUCCAACAUCCCCAUACACGAAUAUUGUAAUUUUGAUUUCGGCAGUGAUUAUCAACAUACUCCUAGUAAUAAGCAAAUCAAUGUAAAUCAAGAGGCUGGCAGAGAGAUCUCACACCUUCGAUUGAGUUUCAAAAGAAAAGACCAGGAACAUGAGUCCAAACCGAAGGGUAAUACCUUGAAGAGACAGGAAAGCAAUACGUCGAAGAAGUCUGUGGAUGAUGAGCUGCUGGAAAUAAUAACAGAUUUUAAGAAUAACGUUUUUACAAUUCAGGAAGUGGAGCAACUGGUCGACUCGUGGAAAUCACGUAACGAUGUGCAGAAAAGCUUCAAGGAUAAGCAGGAACAGCUGCAGAAAAUGCGAGAAGAGUAUGAACGAAUCCAGCAGCAGAUGAAAGAAAAGCUAAAGAGACCGACCCCAUUCGAGAGAAUGAAGAAAAUGUUUACGAAAAAUAAGAAUAUUCCAUCGAAAAAAAACAAUCCUUGUGCUACCACCCCGUCAGAUGUUUGUGAUGAUAUCAAAUUCUCAAUGCUCUCACCUUCACCAAAUUCUCACCGACCAAUCAGUUCAACCAGUCUCCAGAGCAUUUCUAGCGGAUCAUCAGGUCGCAUGAGUACCCUAAGUGGUGCCAGUGUUGGGGAUAGUGGGACACAUUCGGAUUCUGAUGAGCGAAAAUUCAACCGAAGCAGUUUGAUGGAUAACUAUAUGAUUCCUCCGGCUCCGCGACCAGUCAUCACUCCUUCGGGAACACCUACUCCGAUUGAUGAAAAAGAUCGUCCAUGUGUCCCAUCUUCUAAUACCGAUGGACACUACACUAUCUUUCCUUCAAAUAUACCAGUUUUCCAAGAUUCUUCUAAUGAUUACGUAAAUACGCCAUGUUCUCCGAUGCUGAACCCCAUCGACGAAACCAAAGAAUCAGAAACUCACGUGCAACCUAUAAAGAUCCAACGUCACGAAAUUAUUUACUCUCAGUUAGAAAACGUAAGACCUUCAUUGAGUUCUUUUAGAUCUAAUUCGGACGAUGGACAAACUCCUAGUAUUGAUGAUAAAUAGUUAAGAUUAUUAUAGUACACUUUCAAAAGGCUUGCUAAUGACUGCAUGUAUUAUAAAUGUUAGUGAAAUAUUUUAUUACGCUCCUGUAUAUACUAUGGUACCUAUAACCUAUAUAUAUGAUCGAUACUCACUGAAAGCUAAUAAUGGAGGACUU